CAGUAAAAGUUGGAUUUCAUUCAUAUGUACAACAGAAACUACCAACUUGCUUCUUCACUUCAAGAUUCUGUAUGACUGUUCCCAAAUCCCAGCUCUCCAGACAUCCCAAUUCAGUGUCCUUGCAGCUUGUAGUCUUUAUCCAGGUAGAUGAACUGCUACCCAGUGAACAAACACUACAUGCAGAGCAAUAUGAGUACCAUUUUCUUUUCCGGCAGUGUGGUAAAUCAGGUCUUCUUGGAAGGGGAGAAGCUAUAUAACAUCUCGGCUACACAAGAUUACUCUGUCCUUGCCUUUAAGUCUUUUACACCCUUCUUUUCAAGCAUCACUUUUGAUUGAGACUAAUCCUACCUUGGACUGUUCUUGUGGGCACAUCUCACUGAAUGCCUCCUCUCUUCAUUUUGUCUCUUUUCCUCUAUAGAGUUAUGGAAAAUAUGCAGGUAUCUCCAUCAUUCCUGACUGGGGCUGCUAUAUUUGUCAAGAGAGAGGAGAAGGAGCAGGGGGAUUCUGAAAACUGAUCACUUGUGUCUUUCAGUAGCAACAGCCAGACAGGACUUUGGCAAUGGCAACUUUCUGAGUACCUAAGACCUUUACCUCAAGACUAGCUCUUCAAUACUGAUACUCCCUUUCAACCUAUCAGCCACCAGUACAAAUGCCUGUGCCUUCUGGGGCUUUGAGCUAGAUUUUUGUUUUUUAAAACAUUUUUUUCCCAAUUCAGUAAGGCUUUUUCCUUUGUUUUCUCCUGUUGGUUGUUCAAAAUUAUUCAGUAUGAAUAAGAGAGGGAAAUACACAACACUGAAUUUGGAGGAGAAAAUGAAGGUUCUAAGUAGGAUUGAAGCUGGACGAUCACUUAAAAGUGUAAUGGAUGAAUUCGGAAUCAGUAAAUCAACAUUUUAUGACAUUAAAAAGAAUAAAAAAUUGAUUUUGGACUUCGUACUGAAGCAGGACAUGCCAUUAGUAGGGGCUGAGAAGAGAAAGAGGACAACAGGAGCCAAAUAUGGCGACGUAGAUGAUGCGGUCUACAUGUGGUACCAACAGAAACGCUCAGCUGGUGUCCCUGUUAGAGGUGUGGAGCUUCAGGCUGCUGCCGAGAGAUUUGCACAGUGUUUUGGGCGAACAGACUUCAAAGCAAGCACUGGCUGGCUUUUCAGAUUUCGAAAUAGGCAUGCAAUUGGGAACCGAAAAGUAUGUGGGGAACAAGUCCUAAGUUCAGCUUCUGAAAAUGUUGAGCCAUUUCGACAAAAACUGUCCAUGAUAAUCAAAGAGGACAAACUGCGUCUGGCUCAGCUAUACAGUGGGGAUGAGACUGACCUCUUUUGGAAGUCAAUGCCAGAAAAUACUCAGGCAAGCAGAAAAGAUAUCUGCCUGCCAGGGAAGAAAAUAAACAAAGAACGGUUGUCUGCCCUUUUAUGUGCAAAUGCGGAUGGAACUCAUAAGUUAAAAUCAAUCAUUAUUGGAAAAUCAAAGUUGCCCAGAAGUGUGAAAGAGGACACAAGUACAUUACCAGUGAUAUAUAAAUCUAGUAAAGAUGUUUGGUUCACGAGAGAAUUGUUUUCAGAAUGGUUUUUUCAAAACUUUGUACCUGAGGUCCGGCAUUUUCAACUUAAUGUUCUAAGAGUCCAUGAAGAGGAUGUCAGAGCAUUGUUACUUCUGGACAAUUCCCCAGCUCACCCUUCCCCUGAAUCACUAACCAGUGAGGAUGGUCGGAUAAAAUGCAUGUUCUUUCCCCAUAACAUUUCAACCUUGAUUCAACCAAUGAAUCAAGGUGUGAUCUUGAGCUGCAAACGACUUUAUAGAUGGAAGCAACUGGAAGAGAGUCUUGUAAUUUUUGAAGAAAGUGAGGAUGAGCAAGAUAAAGGAGAAAAAGGAGUUUCUAAAAUUAAAAUCUACGAUGUAAAAAGUGCAAUUUUUAACUGGGCAAAAAGCUGGGAUGAAGUAAAACAAAUAACCAUAGCAAAUGCAUGGGAAAAUCUUCUUUGCAAAAAGGAACCAGAAUAUGAUCUUCAAGGCUUAGAAGAUGGGGAUUAUAGAGAAAUUCUUGAAAAAUGUGGAGAGUUGGAAACAAAGCUGGGUGAUGAUAGGAUGUGGUUAAAUGGAGAUGAUGAAGAAAAGGAGUGUCCCCCAGAAACAAAAAGUGAGAUUACAAAGGAAGUUGUUCAAAAAGGAGGAGGAGCUGAGAAACAGACUGAAUUUAAAUUAUCUGCUGUUAGAGAAAGUUUGGACUACCUUCUUGACUUUGUUGAUGCCACACCUGAAUUUCAAAGGUUCCAUUUCACACUGAAAGAGAUGCAACAAGAAAUAGUGAAGAAACAAUUCCAAAGUAGAACCCAUUCUAGAAUUGGUAGCUUUUUGAAACCUAGGCCUCAUAAUAUUAAGGAUUCCUUCAAUGGGCCUUCAACUUCUGGUUCUAGUAAUUAGAUUUUGUGUUUAGAGAUUUCUGCAGAUGUAUAAUAAUAUAUGGUAUAGGCCUGUUGUGAAUUAUCAUGUUUUAUCAACUGAUAUUAUUUUGCAUAUCAAUGCCCAUUUAUAUAUUGGUUAUAAAAUAUAGUUU